GAAAGAAAAGCUUCUGUGACACCGACAACUCAUGAACUACAAGACUUUAAAUUGGCCUGCGAGCGGCUAUGGCUCUUGGACGUGCAACGGUGUCAACCUGGCGUGGAUUAUGCAGUCAACAUGCAGAAAGGCAAGAACAGCUCGUGGCACAAGGGCGACCUUGCUCCAGAUCCUCUCUUUCGUUGGGUGAAAGAUGAAGUCUUUGAGAGAGAAACGUUCAAGCACUUCAUAUCUCUCUUGGACAAUUACGAGGCUCACACUGGCAAUGCAGAAGUAGUUACAAAGGAGGAGAAAGAUGAAGAGGACAGUUUCUUGAAGGCGGUCAUCGAGACGCCAAUCGGACAGUACCUCUACCAGUAUCUGUUAAAGAAGCAGAAAGUCAAAUCGGAGUCUGACCUCAAGAUUUUUCUUCAGAACAUGUGGUUCAAGCUCUACAGCAGAGAGGUACGCGGGGACUCAUCACCUUUCGAACAUGUCUUCGUGGGAGAGAUACGGGAUGGCUCUGUCAUCGGAAUGCACAAUUGGAUUCAGCUCUUUCAUGAAGAAAGAAAUGGAAAGUUCGACUACGCCGGCUACAUCAAGCCAAGGAGGCGAGGGACCAACAGUCUCAAGUCUGGCUUGGACGAGGAGCAGCUGAUCACGAUCCAAUUUGAGUGGAACGGUUAUCUGAAACCAAAGGGAACCUCUUUCGUCGGAGCUUCCCCCGAGUUUGAGUUGGCACUUUACACUCUUUGCCAUCUGUUUGGACAAGAAGACAUCGAUCUCACUCUUGGGUCUUACUCUGUGCUGAUCAAGAACCACAAGUUGAAAAAUGGCAGUAUUGGUUCGAUCUACCCC